AUGAGGAUUAAAGAGCUAUAUGUAUGGCCACCUAAAAGUUCAGAAAUUGUUUGGAGGAAUUCUGGACCUAAUAUCUCAACAUUAUUAACAAAUACAAUACUUCCAGUAAAUAGUUCAUACAGAUCCUCUCACUUAUAUUAUAAUGUAUAUUCUAGACGUAUUUUAGAUUCUGAAACUGAGUGUUGUAUGAAAUUUUGUAAUGGGAAGUGUAUUGGAUAUAAUGAACCUAUAUUAAUAUUGAGAUGUGGAAUAAAUGAAAAUAAUAUAGAGAUUUUAACAUUUGAGAAUAAGUUUGAGGAUUCAGAAGAUUCAUGUAGUAAUAUUGGUUUGUCACUGAAAAGAAUUGCUUAUAUUAGUGAAAUAUUUGAAACUCCAAUUUAUGAUAUUGCUGUGCAAUCUAGUAGUGAUUUUAACUUUCCUUCAUCUUUUGGGAUAUAUAUUUAUCUCCGUUCAAUGACUUAUUUAUGUGUAAUUCAGCUUUAUUUAGAUAAUUUUUUAGUUAAGCAUAAGAUUGUAUUUAAUGGAACAGUGGAUAACUUUUUAAAAUAUCUCAAAACAAAAGAUACUCAAAAAUCAAUAUAUUCUAUCGUUGCUAGUCCUUAUGAUUUUUGCGAGAUUUCGGCACUUUUAUCUAAUGGAGUUAUUAUUAGACUUAAUUUUCUGGAAUACAUAAAUAGUGUUAAUAUUUACACUGUAGAAGAUUCUGAAUCAAAGAAGAGUGAUGAAGUUUUUCAGUGUCUUAUCUAUGGUUAUAAUUCAGAUGUUUAUUUUGUUGGAGGAAAAUAUAUUUAUUUAUAUAAUUGCUCGAAAGAUAAUAAAGAAUUAUAUAGUGAUAAUAUACAAUUAGAUAGAACAAGUAAUAAAGAUGAUGAUUAUUUAAGGAAUAUAAAUGAUACAUUUUGUGGAGAUAACUCUAAUAAUGAGUCUUUUCAACAAAAUUCAGGGAUGAAUAACAAUAACUUCACAAUUGAUGAAAUGAGAUGGAUUAAUGAAAAUAGUGAAACUGUAUCAUAUUAUACAAUGAAUAAUGAUGAAACUAGUGUAAAUAAUGAAACUAUAAAUGGUACAGAAUCUUAUACUAUAUGUUCAAACAGUACUCAUAGUAUUUGCAGUGUAACUAUGUUAUAUCCUUGGAAUCAGAAUCUUCGUACUACAUUUAAAAGUAGUGUAAGUCUAUCUGAUAGAACUGUUAGACUUGAAUCUUUGAGAAAUAAAAAUGUUUCAUUAUCGAAUAUAACAGCUUUAGCUUUACAUCCAAUAUAUCCAUAUAUUUUAGCAGCUGUAGAUGUAAAAUCAAGCAAAGUGGUAGUUAUACAUACAAAUCAGAAUACAAAUAUACCACUAGCUGAGUUCUCUAUUCCACUUGUAGAAAGUGUGAAUAGUAGAUGUCGUUUUAUUCAAUGGGUUUAUCCUAUUUCUAAUCAGAAAGAAAACAGUGAUAUUAAUAAUAAUAUUGCAUACAAGAUUAAUCCAAAUGAUUAUAACACUGAAAUAUCAGAUAACAAGGGUACUACUGGGAAUAUUGGCAAUCUAAUAUUUCCUAUGAUCUCUAAUUUUUCAUUUGAUUCUAAUAAUACUAAACAGGAUCAAGGCUUAAUUUUAUACCUUGGAUCUUAUCCAUAUGCAAUAUAUGCAAAAAUAUCUAUUCAACCUUCUAUUCACAAUAUAGAUGAACCAUAUAUAUUGAAAAUAAUGGAGAUUAUUAAAAUUCCUUUAGGGAUAUGGUCCUUACAAAAUGAUAGGGAUUAUUAUGUACCUAGAAAUACACAGUUAAUUGAAUCUUCCUUAGAUAUAAUGGAUUUUAUUCUUGAACGAAAUUCAGUAGAUGACAAUGCUUUGGCACAGAAAUUUCAUGGUUUAACAGGUAUAUGUACCUUGGGAUAUAAUGUGAAUUUUGGAGUUUGUCAACAAUAUAAACAACAUGGUUAUGAAGGGAAUUUCUUUGUGGCACCUAGUACAAGUAAGCAUCAUAUACCAAAUAUUUAUAAGGAUGUUCUUAUUAUAUUAGGGUUAAACACUUGUGGGAGACUUACAACUUGUUCUAUUUUAAAAAUACAAAAUAGCGAUUCAAAUCCAAAUUUGGAACUUAGUAAUUCAUGGUUAUAUAACUCUAUACAAUCUAUUAUUUUAAAUAAAUCUUAUUUUUGUGCAUAUCUUGAUCAGAAUUUCUUUGAAUUAAUGAAAAUAAACUAUUACAAUAAAUCAUGUAUUAACCUAUAUUAUAAUCUACCUAGAAUUGUAAAACCUCGAAAAUCAUUGAGGAAAUGUUAUAAUUCCGAGUUAGAGAAUGCAAAUGAACAGUUUUCUAAAAGGAAAUAUUAUAAUUCCUAUAUUUAUAAUGGUCUUCAAAUACUUGAAUUAAUACUUUCUACACCUAAAAAAGGUGUCAAUAUGAUAAAUAAUAAUUUAUCUUAUCAAGAUUCUUUAAAAAUUAAAGGAAUUCCACCAGUAACUAAUAGUUUUGAUUAUAGGAGAGAGUUUAAUACAAUGCCAAAUGACCCUUGGCUAAACGAUGAAAAUAUUUUACAUAUCCCAUCACCUACGAAUCAACCAUAUCCACUAUGUACUUGUAGAUACUUUGAAAUUAAUAAAAGUGACAAUUCAUAUCAUUUUGAUAACAAAAACUUUGAGGAUAAAAUAAGUGUUGAAAGGCCUUUUGAUAUUGUUGGAAUUAAACAUAUGGACUAUUCUAUAACACUAGAAGAACUAUUAUCAAAUAGUAUACAUGAAGGAUUAGAUUUAUUAUUAACUUCUGAACUAGAACAAAAGGAAAUACAAGAGACAAAUUCAGAAAUAGGCUUAAAUAAAGAAAAUUCUGUAUACCAAAUACCAAUUGAUAUAUUAAACUCUCUUGCAAAUCAUAUUACAUGCUUACCAUCUUUGCCUGUAUCAAAAAGAAUGGCUAAAAACUAUUGGGAAUACACUCGAUCUAAAUGUAAAGAUAAGUGGAAAUUAGCUAACUGUUGCUCAAGGUUAAAACAACCUGGAUGUAUAAUAAAAUAUCUAAUACAAGAUGAUCAAUAUCAAUGUAACUUACUAGAUAAUUCUAACUACAAUAAUUUAUCUAGUGAAUGUUUUAUUGAAAUAAAUCAUUAUGUAAAUUAUGAACAUAGUGAUAAUAAUAAAAUUAAAAAUAAAACAGAUCAUGCAAAUUCUCUAGUACAAAGAGGUACAAUUAUUAAUGAAGAGCUUAUUGAAAAACUUGGAGAAUAUUGGAUGGAAUCUUUAAUACAUAUAGAUUUAAAAGAAGAUAUAUAUAGUCAAGAUGACAAGUUAAUUGAAAUAGACCUAUCAAGUUGUGAUCUAUCUUCAUGGUAUAAUUAUCCUUUAGUAACAUUUGAAAAUAUAACAUCUAAAAUAGCUGAAAAACACAAACUUAAAACAUCUAUUUUAAGUUUUGUUGAAACUCAACUAAGCAAUAUUUAA